AUGAGUGAUCAGUCUGAUAAACAGCCGAUUAAGAAGAGGUCUUUGAGUAGUUAUUUAUCAAACGUAACUUCUCGAAAGGAAGAACUUAUUAAAAUUGCACAAAGGGAAAAGGAGAAGCAAGAAUAUGAAAGAGUUGAGAAAGAGAGGCUAGAAAAAGAGAAAAUUGAGAAUGAAACAUUGGAGAGGGAAAGACUUGAACGAGAUCGAAUUGAGAAAGAGAAGUUGGAGAAACAACGAAUCGAAAUCGAAAGAGUUGAAAACGAAAGACUUCAACAGGAGAAAAUUAAGAAUGAAAUAAUUGCUAAAGAGAGAUUGGAAAAAGAGAAACAAAAUGUAGAGCGAAUGGAACAGGAGAGAUUCGAAAGAGAAAGGCAACAACAUGAAAGAAUAUCACAAGAGAAAAUUGAGAAAGAGAAACGAGAUCAACAAGAACAUAAAAGAGAAAAACAAAAAGAGGAAGAAUCUGAAAAAGAGAGGAUCGAAAAUGCGAAGAUAAAAAAGGAACAAGAAAAGGUAACUCAAAAUGUCAAUAAGAAUAUUGAUAAGGACCUAAUACUUGCUACUCAUGACAAAGGAAUGGUUACCAAAACGCAAUCAAUCACCAAACAAGAUUUAAUUCCGGAAAUACAUACUGAAAACAUAAGUCACAUAAUUCACCACGUAGAGAAACGAAAUGAUGAUCAUUUAAUUAAAAAUAAUUACGAAAAACCAAUCAAAGACCAGAAGUAUGCCCUCAAGGCAAAUAUUGAUUUACAAUUGCAUCACACAAAGUCGCAUAGCCCAAUUUCUCGUGAUACUUUAAAGUCUCUAUUGAAAGAACCUAAAAGUUUUGAUGACGAUAAAGAAAGUGAUAGUGAUAAUCACGCUUCCAAUACCAAAAAGGAAGAUGACUUUGAAUCUUUCAAAGAAAUUGAUAGUGAAGGUGAAACUGAAGAAGGAUCACCUGUGAAGUCAAGAAGAGGCAAACUGGUUAGAGGUGAUAAAAUGAAUACAUCAAAUACAAACCUAGAUGAAGAUUUAAUGUUCGCUAAUAAUUCUGACUCAGAUCUGUCAGAUAUCGAGGAUGAUAUGAAAAGCGUUGCUAUUAGUAGUAGUUUCUUACACGACAAUUCCUCGCCACAAAAGGGUGUAACGCUUGCCUUUGAGAAAAGUGAAUCCACAAAAGAAUUAUUUCCUUCAUCACCUGUCAAACGAAUUAUUCCUGCUAAGGAACACAAGAAGUCUCAUGUUGCUGUUUCUAAACACGGUAAAACUAAGAAGGGACUAUAUAGAGACUCAGGUGGUAGAACUAAACUUCAAAUUGCUUGCGAUAAAGGUAAAAUUGAUGUUGUCAGGAGUUUAUUAGCUGAAGGUGAUAUUAACAUUAAUGAUCAAGAUAAUGCAGGUAAUACACCACUACAUGAAGCUGCAUUAAAUGGUCAUAUCGAUAUUGUAGAAUUAUUAGUGGAGGAAGGAGCUAAUAUCAAUAUGCAAUCAUAUAAUAUGUUUCAAGAUACUCCUUUGAUCGAUGCAUCCGCUAAUGGUCAUCUUGAUGUUGUAUCAUAUUUAUUAAAGCAUAAUGCAGAUCCAACUAUUACCAAUGCUAAAGGUAUAACCGCAUACGAAGCCAUUGAAGAGGAUUCAGAACUUGAUGAAUCAGAGAAAGAAUUAGUUAAUGAUAUUAAAAAAACGUUAAGGGAGUCUACUAAAGUAUGGAAUGUAGAACAUGAUGGCGAUUUGAAUGGUGAACAACAAGUAAGAGGAAGGCGUAGUACACCAGGUAGCUUAAACCAAAGCAGCCGUUCAGGAACAGCUAGUCGUCAUGAUUCUGUUGAGCGAUCUGGUAUACAUAGUCAAAACGGUAACAAUUCCAUGGAUAAAGAUCAUAUGGCAAAUGAAGAAAUACCAUUCUAUUGGAAUGACAUUACUACAGCUACAGGUAAAAAUAAGUUAUUGAGAGCAUCAAAGGAUGGUAAUCUUGCAUAUGUGGGUCAAUAUUUGGAAAAUGGGGGACGCCCAGACUUUAAAUCAUUUUUUGAAGCAGUAAAAUUUGGUCAUUCGGAAAUCACCAGUCUUUUCCUUGCCUUUGGUGCUUCAAUCAAUAGUUCUGCAAAGGAUGGUAUAACUCCAUUGAUGAUUUCAGUUGGCCGUGAUCAUCUGAGUACAGUAAAACUUUUAUUGGAGGCAGGUGCUAACGUCCUUGCAAGAGAUAAAGCUGAUCGUAAUGUUUUAUUUUAUACCAGAAAUAGUAUUGUUGGUUUAAAUACGCCUGAAGAAAUUGAACUAAUAGAAGAGGCGAUGAAGAAAGCUGGUGGUUCUAUCGAAAUCGAGGAACCUGAGAUUGAAGAAGAUAAUAAUGAAAAACUACGGCUUCAAGAAACUGCAGUUGAAAUCAAAUUAACUGAUGAACUAUCGAAAGGUCAGAUUGCUAUUCAUAGAAAUAAUUCUCCAAGGAACAGUGAAUCUAUGGCCGGUAGCGAAAACUCUGACAAAGAUGUUUCUAUUGAUGAAGAUGAGGAAGAGGAAGAUGUUGCUAUACCAAUUAGUAGAAGAACGGCCUCACCAGCAUUAAAUGUUAACCAUGAUCAGAGUAGAAAAAGACAGACUCCUGAACUUGAUAAUGACAAUAACAAUAAUGAUAGACACCAUACGCAAGUGAUGAAAGACCAGAAUAUUGAACAUGAACAAGAACAAGAUUCUCAUGUUGAAGAUAUACAUGACGCUAAACGUAUGAAACAUGAUAUUUCAGUAAAUGAUGAAACAAGACACCAAGGAUCUGACAAACUCAAGAAAGUAUAUGAGGAAACAGCGGAAGAAAAAGAACAAAGAUUGAAAGCUGAAGAAGAAUACAGAUUAAGGAAAAUUCAUAAUAAAAAAUUGAAAGAACAAGAAAUGUUACAUAAGAUGCAAGAAGACGAAAGAAAACGUGACGAGGAGAAGGCCAAACAAAAGGUGGAACAAGUAAAGAAAUUAGAACAAGUUGAAAAAGAACAUCAAUUAGAAAUUCAAAAACAAAAAGAGGAGAAUGAAUUAUCUAGAAGACGUAAUAUUAGAUCCAGAUACCCAUUGGGUCUUAAGAUUAUCAGUAAUGAUAUGAAUGCCACUAAUGAAUAUGAUUAUACAAAAUAUCUACCAUUAAUCUACACAACGUUUAACAACGAUCACAAGAAUAAAUUUAUAUUGGAUUUACAAUUACAAGUAAUAUUGAGUAAUAACCAUGAGCUAUAUACUACUCUUCCUUCACAAAUUCAAGAUCUGAAAAUACCAAUUACUAUACCUCAAGAAAAGAAAGCACUAUGGAAUAUGACAAAAUUCAUAUUUUUGUACGGCGGUGUAAACGAAAAUGAAAUUAGUACAACUACUAAUGACAAUGAUAUUCAAAAUACUUUACAGCAACUCAAUAUUGAUACCAGAUUAGAGUUUGAAAACCAAGAGUUUAGUAAAUUUUCUCAAUUACCGUUAAAUUGGAUCCCUUGGGAUAACGUCGCGUCAUCGAUCUCUCAAGAACUUCGUACAUCGCUUGAAGUUCAAAUGGUUGAAGCACAACUCACCCAAAUGAAACUUGUACCACCACCUCCAUCAUUAUCAUCAUUACCAGUAACAACAGACUCUGCAGACAAAAUCUCUGAGUCUCGGACUUCAUCCUCGCAAUUACCUAUAAAAUUACAACACCGUCACGUGGUUGCAAACCUCUGUCAUCACUAUAGACGUCGUUCUAGCACUCCCACUGGUCGUACUCAGCGACAAUUUGCGGGUCUGUGGCAGUAA